AUCCGCCCCUACAAUAAAUCCCUGUACCCGUACAGCUGGAAUCCCUGGAAACAGAAAGGAAGUGGACGAGCUCGGCAUGGAAGCAUCCGAUCACCCAUUUGGAGAGGACGUGGAGUGUCUCAUGGACCCAGAGGACCCACCAGUUACUACUACAUGUUACCCAUGAAAGUUCGAGUGCAAGGACUCAAAGUGGCGCUGAGCUCCAAGAUGGCUCAGGAUGAUCUUCACAUUGUGAACUCCCUGAACAUCCCCACACCAGACUCUCAGUACCUGCUUGACCUCAUCAGACACAGGGGAGAGUCUGUGUUAAUAGUGGAUGUGUGAGUAUCUUUAGCAGCACUUCUGUACAAAUGCGAAGGCGGUCACACCUUUUCUCCUCUCCUCCUUACCCUUAUCUUCCUUGCUUAGCCUCUUGUAUCCUUGUCUUGUCUCGUGUGUAUUACUUUCCCUCGAACAAUCUCUCACUGUCGUUCUCUAAAACCUAAAAGAGAAUUAUGGAUUUGA